AUAGACCAGGAUUCCACUGAUGGUGAUGUUGUCACGGAACCAGAAGUCUCUGAACCACCAAGUGAUGGAGAUCAGAUGUGGACAGAACCCACGGAAACCGAUGACGAAAGUCAGAUAGAAACACCGAUUGACGAGUCUAUGAGGCUUCCAGGAGAUACCGAGCAUGAAAAUGCCACUCGUUACCCUGGGUAUGAUGAUGAGGAGGGCUCCAAGAUCAUUGAUUCCAUUACGACAACUUCCACAGAAUCUCACGUAGACGGUGACGCCAUCACUGCAUAUCCAGACGAAGGUUUAGUAACUGACUCACAGCCUGACGACGGCGAUUCCAGCCAAAUUACCGAAGCGCCUAGUGACCACAUCGGACCUCCUCCAUCUAGCGAAGAUUCCUCCAACGAUCUUCAAGACGAGCACGAGUCCAGUCGACCGCGUCGUGAAGAAACGCUUGACGAACCCGGUGAAAUCGAGGGCGACGCGUCCAAGAAGCCCCCACACAACCUGGAUGUGGACGACGACGCGGCCGAUUUAAAUUUCAGGCCUCCAUCGGUAACACCAGGCGUUUCGCUGAAUUGA